UGGAGCCAUUUUUGAGCUGGCAGGACUGAGACUCGCGCUAGUUUCUAAUCCAUUGCAUCUGCCUAAAUGCGUUCUCAAUAUAACUUCAGAUAUACAAAUAUCGGCAAAUAAGAUCAUCAUCUAGUCUUUCAUAUCAAUAUUUUUUAAUUUGUUGCGGUGGAUUAGCUGAAAAAGGGCUUAAAACUAAAGGGACAAAGGGUACCCGAGCCCACAAAGAUGAGAAGAGGGAUCUCAUCAGCCCCGGAUAAAGUAAUAAUAGCAGGGGUUGGAGGCUCUUCUCUUGACAAAAAUGCGGUAUUGACUGCAUUUUCCGACCGGUUUACCCCUCAUCGUACCACUACCACUUAUAUACAAAUUAUAACUCCACCGCCUUGCAUUCCACAGACUUCGAAUGUCUGUUUGUCCGAACCACCAGCUGGCUGUAUAUAUUCCACUCCAAACGGAGCAACAAACGGAGCCGGACGACGACCCACGUUAGGACGUCCACCGGCCAAGCGUAGGCUGGCAUUGGAUGAGUCAGACCAUCAGUACCCCAUCGAAGGAGCCCGGACACCGCGGGGCAAGGCUGGAGCAGCCUCUGGGCCGGGGCUCAAGAGCCCAAAAGUGCCGAAGUCCCCGGCGGAGAAGACCCGCUACGACACAUCGCUGGGCCUGCUGACCAAGAAGUUUGUGGAGCUGCUUGGCCAGUCGCCAGACGGCGUGAUUGACCUGAACCAGGCCGCCGAGCUGCUCAAGGUGCAGAAGAGACGCCUCUAUGACAUCACCAAUGUCUUGGAGGGGGUCCACCUCAUCAAGAAGAAAUCCAAAAAUAACAUUGAGUGGAUGGGCUGUAACCUGUCUGAGGACGGGGGUACCUUAAACAACCGUCAGGGCCUGACUGCUGAGCUGUCAAAUCUGUGUCAGGAGGAGAGGAGGCUGGAUGAGCUGAUCCAGAGUUGCACCCUGGACGUCAAACAGAUGACUGAGGCCACGCACAACCAGAAGUUGGCGUAUGUGACGUACCAAGACAUCCAGCAGCUGCGUAACCUGAGAGACCAGACCGUGAUCGUGGUGAAGGCUCCCUCGGGGACCAAGCUGGAUGUCCCCGACCCAGAAGAGAACCUGUCGGUGCACCUGACCAGCACCAAGGGUCCCAUCGAGGUGUUCCUCUGCCCGGAGGAGUACGCCUCCUGCAGCCCUGUGAAGAACGGUAGCCAGGAUGUCAACGGAAACUCCUCGCCUUUCCUCAAAGUCUCUGAUGAGAAGGCAACCGGCGGCGGCGAUGUCCAUCCUGCUCCCUCGGCCGUGACGGUCACCACCCUGUCACCCAUCACCUCGCCCUUCACCAGCCUCCUGCAGCAGACCGAGGACCAGAUCCCGCUGUCUCUGUCCGGGCUCCUGGAGGGCCACGGUGCGGGGCCCUUCGUCAACCUGUCCCCUCCGCUCCUCAACGAGGACUACAUGCUAGCGAGCCUAGGGAACGACGAGGGCAUCAGCGAUCUGUUCGACGCCUACGACUUUGACAAGCUGCCCCUGGAUGACCUCCUGUGUCCCAUGUGAGGACGCGG